AAUAACUGGCAAGAACCACAAGAAGAAGAAGAGGAAGAGGAGAGAAAUAAGCACCUGCAAACGCGUGGACGUAACCUUCGCGGCUAUCAGCUGAUUACACUUGAGCAGGGACGCCGCUACGAUGUCUACCCUUCUCACCCUCCUCUCCUGCCUCCUCGCCUGUUUGGUGGGGUGGGCCGAGGGCAGGUAUGAGCCCACCUGGAGCUCCCUGGACUCUCGGCCGCUGCCCAGCUGGUAUGAUGAGGCCAAGUUUGGGAUCUUCCUGCACUGGGGCGUGUUCUCCGUGCCAUCCUACGGCUCAGCAUGGUUCUGGGAGCGCUGGCAGGAGAAACAAUUGCAGCAGUACGUGGACUUCAUGAAGAAGAACUACCCGCCAGACUUCAGUUACCAGGAUUUUGGGCCCCAGUUCACGGCAGAGUUUUACAACCCCAAGGAGUGGGCAGAAUUGUUCAACGCCUCGGGAGCACGUUAUGUGGUGCUGACCAGCAAGCACCACGAGGGCUUCACACUCUGGCCCUCAAAGCACUCCUGGGGCUGGAACAGUCUUGAUGUGGGCCCAAAGAGAGACCUGCUGGGUGACCUUGCUUAUGCCAUUAAGUCACAGACACCACACAUCCACUUUGGGCUGUAUCACUCCCUCUAUGAAUGGUUCAACCCUCUUUACCUGAGAGACAAGGCCAACAAGUACCUCACCAAUGACUUUGUGGCCCAGAAAACCCUCCCAGAGCUGUAUGAGUUGGUCAACAUUUACCAGCCAGACAUUGUGUGGAGUGACGGUGACUGGGAUGCUUCUGAUAAGUACUGGAACUCAACACACUUCCUGGCAUGGCUGUUCAAUGACUCGCCUGUUAACCAGACUGUGGUGGUCAAUGACAGGUGGGGCAGUGGCAUCAUGUGUCACCACGGCUCCUUCUACACCUGCCACGACAACUACAAUCCAGGAAUGUUACAGCCACACAAGUGGGAGAACUGCCUGACUGUUGACCGCCUUGCCUGGACUUUCCGUCGAGAUGCAGUUCUGGCAGACUUCCGCACCAUCCACGAGCUCCUCACGGAAAUGGCCUCGACCAUCAGCUGUGGAGGCAACAUGCUGUUGAAUGUCGGCCCCACCAAGGAAGGCCGCAUCUGCCCCAUCAUGGAGGAGCGUCUUCGGCAGAUAGGCUCAUGGCUGGCCAUCAACGGGGAGGCCAUCUAUGGCAGCCGCCCGUGGAAGAUCCAAAAUGACACCCUGACGCCUGGAGUCUGGUUCACCAGUAAGGAAGACACGGUAUAUGCCAUUGUGCUGGAGUGGCCAGAAGGGAAUGUUCUUACCCUUGCCUCAGUCAAGAGCACCCCAGACACCAGCAUCACGCUCCUCGGCUACACCAGCACCCAACACACCAUUGACAUUAAGUUCCGAGGGACAGAGGACGGGACCAUGGUGAUUUUCCCCGACAGGGCUAAAGUCGAGGGGGAGUGGGCGUGGGUCUUGGCCAUGAAGAAUGUCCUGCCGUCAUCCAAGGUACCCUCACCACCCAGGGUCAUCCCCGAGCCUUACCCCCUCGUCAUAUCGGAGGGUUAGAGCAAAUUGUGAGGUGUGUGUUGUGGGGGACAAGCCUAUAGUCAUGCCAGCACAAUUUUGGGUAAUGCACAUAUGUACUGGUGUAAAUUUCCAUGUUGUUAAGAGUUGAUUAUUCAAGCCAAGGCUAUGAUGUGUUGUUAUAGUUUUCAAGUAUUGCUCCCAGUGACAAAAUCUUCUUUAGACAGUGCCCAUGGAAAAUUUAUUCAGCUUUAAAAUCUGUAAUUGAGGUGAAGCUUAUAUUUCUCUUCAGUAUUACAAAUGAUUACUUUCAGAGACAUCCUUACAAGUUGCAUUUAUUUUCACUGCAUUUUGUUAAUUCCAUUUGUAUUGCACUGUUUGGCAAGUGUGUUCUUAUAUAUAACAAAUAUGGUUCAGGUGGAGCUGCAGUUUGUACAAGGUUCACCAAGGGUAUGGAAUACAUAUCUUUCGUGUGCCAUUUCACAAGAAUUUUAGUCCAUUCUCUGCUGUCACAGUUUGAUAUGGAAUAUAUAUUUCAGAAGUAAAGUAUCUGAAGAAUAUGCAUAUUGUUGUAAUGAUAUAUUCUGGAUACAUGUCUGUGAAUAAAAAUCCAUACAUACAUA